AUGUCAGCACACCGAGCCAAGGCGUCUUCGGCCUUAUUUAUCCAUGACACGUCGUCCCGUCAGGCUGCGAUCGAGCGCUGCCACCCAGCAGCAGGCAGUUCGUCCUUAUUACUAGCCGCGUCGUCCGUUCCAUUGGAACGUAGUCGCAACGAAUGCGAGUCGUUUGUGGAAGGGAACGAGUUUCAUUGUCAAGGCCACGAGCGACACAAGCGGCACGAAUCACUGUCGGAGAUAGCAGCCACGUCAGCGAGUCGCAGAUUGCAUGAUCCAGUCAGCAGCACACCUGACCUUGUCUGUGGCGACACAUUUGACCUAAUUAGCAGCACCCCUGUUGCCUGCAGCGCUCCUAAGGCCGAUUUCAGCGUCCCCGCCGACAGCGCCGGCUGCCGCGGGGGCGAGGAGCAGCCGGCAAUCGCGAGAAGCACUGCUCAUCCUGAGUUAAACCUCUCGGAGUCACUAAAUAGUGACGACAACCUCCCACCUCUUAAUCCCAAAGAAUAUGACGAAGCCGUCCGGCCAGUGCUGACGAGCUCCUUUCAUCCAAACGAUUCUGUUCAAAAACCGCGCUGCCCGCUCAUCCCGGAGCAUCUGUCGCUGCGGCGCCACGCGGCCGCUCAACAGCCGCCGCUGAGCGUGCCGCGACGCGGAGUCCAUUGCCCUGCUGCAAACACCGCGGCCGUUGCUCCCGCGGCGCCUGACACUUCCACCGCCGCAAACCCCGCCGUCGCUCCAGCCGCGGCCGCUGUGGCGACGGCGUGUGUUGCGGGAUUCAGCACGGAACCCGACUCGGCGGCCCUUACUUCUGCGGAAACCCCGCCGUCAUCAGGGAACAGUGGCCCGGAAGUUACCUGGCGGUCUUCACUUCCGCUUCCACCGGAAGGUCGUGGCGCAGCUCUCGUCGCGGAAACCCCCCAAGAUUCUGGCGCAGACUGCGAAUCCCCCUGUGUGCUUGCGAAGCCUCCCGCGGUUGCGGAGCGCGCAGAACCCGCAGUGCGCGCAGAACCCGCAGUGCGCGCAGAACCCGCAGUGCGCGCAGAACCAGCAGUGCGCGCAGAACCCGCAGUGCGCGCAGAACCCGCGCCGCGCAAGAACGCGCCGGGGAUGCAGUUCCAGGUGGUGCCGCAACGCGCGCGCCCCCUGGCGUCGGCGGAGGCGCUGAGCGCAAUGACGCGUGCGGAGCUGGUGGCGGAACUGCGCAGCCUGCAGGCGGACCACGAGAAGUACCGCCAGGAAGGUAUGGUGUGGCUUAGUAGUACUCUACUCUUAGUUUGGAAGCAACCUCUUUCCCCGCUUCCCACGCAGCCUGCAGGCGGACCACAAGAAGUACCGACAGGAAGGUGUGGUGUCCUCCCUCCCCAUAUCUCUGUGUACCGUUCCCUCAUCUCUUCCUCCAUCUCCCCAUUUUCCUCCAACUCUCCUCCAUCUCUCACCUCUCACUCACUCCGCGUGGCAGUGGCGUUCCAGAAGGAUCUGCUGGCAGUUCGUUAUCUGUACGGACCUCUGGCGUUCCAGAAGGAUCUGCUGGCGUCCGUGGGGCAGUCCGUUAUCUGUACAGACCUCGCAGGCACCAUCACCUACUGGAACAAAGCAGCAGAGGCGAUGUAUGGGUGGAGGGAGGAGGAGGCGGUGGGGCGGAGCAUAAUCGAGGUCACCCCAGCGGACACCACGGUGCAGCAGGCGGGGGAGAUCUUCGCCGCGCUCUCCCGCGGGGAUGUGUGGCGCGGCGAGUUCCUCGUGCGCCGCCGCGACGGCUCGCCCUUCCACGCCAUGGUCACCGAUACACCCAUCCUCGACCCCGAAGGGAAGCUCGUGGGCGUGAUCGGCGUCUCAGCCGACAUCAGCGAUUUAAAACGCAAAGAAGGCGAGAUCCGCGCUCUCAAUUCUGCCCUAGAGCAGAGAGUAGAGGAGCGGACGGAGCAGCUGAUGCGGUCCAAUGAGGCGCUCAAGUCGGAGAUCGAGCAGCACCUGCGAGCGCAGGAGCACCUGCGACGAUGCAUCCGCGACCUGGAGGCGUCGCGGGAUAAGAUCUCGCAGCAGUCGGCGGCGCUGGAGCAGCUGGUGGGGCAGCUGAGAGAGGCGAGAGUAGAGGCGGAGUCGGCUAAUCGGCUCAAGAGUCGAUUCCUGGCGUCUAUGAGCCACGAGAUCCGCACGCCCAUGAAUGGUGUCCUUGGCAUGACGCGCCUGCUGUUAUCAACGCCACUACAGGAGGAGCAGCGCCAGUUCGUGGACACCAUUCGCAGCAGCGGGGAUGCACUGCUGACCAUCCUGAACGACAUUCUCGACCUCUCCAAGAUUGAGGCGGGCGAGCUGGAGCUAGAGCACCGCGACUUUGACCUCUGCCGCUGCCUUGAGGACGCCGUCUCUCUGCUUGCUAUCCGCGCUAUGGAGAAGGGGGUGGCGGUGGUGAGUUUCGUGGAGCCCAAUGUUCCCCGGGUGGUCAGAAGCGACUCCGCGAGACUCAGACAGAUUCUCGUGAACCUGAUAUCGAACGCCAUCAAGUUCACAGACAAGGGCGAGGUGGAGGUCUCCAUCUCAGCCUCUCAACUGCCCGGCACCUCCCACCACCACAUGCCCGAGCUCCUGAAAGAGACAGCAUCACAACAGCCAGAGGGAGACAGGAGAGAGGCAUGCGGGAGCGGACAAGUUCAGGAAGAAGCAAAGGAAGAGGGGUUAAGCAGCAAGAGUGGAGACAUGAGCCCUGGGGAGUCUGUGCAUGGUGGGUUUGCGGUGUGGGGCAAGGCGGUGGGCAGCAGGAGGAGGUGGCGGGGGGAGGAGACGCAGGGCAUGGAGCGGCACACAGUGCACUGCAUUGCAGUGAGCGUGCGGGACACGGGCAUCGGCAUCCCCAAGGAGCGAAUGAAGCGCCUCUUCAAGCCGUUCAGCCAGGUGGAUGCGAGCAUGACGCGCAAGUACGGAGGAACAGGGCUGGGCCUGGCGAUAUCACACCAGCUGGUGGGCAUGCUGGGGGGGCGCAUAUGGGCCGAGAGUGACGGGCAGGGGCGCGGAUCCACCUUCAGGUUCUACAUCACAGCACCUGCCCUUCCCUUUGACCUUGACACGCCGAUUGAGGCGCAGCAAAAACCACCUGCUCCUCCUGCUCCGCUUGACGUCCAAGGGGUGGGUGAGGCUAGCAGCAGGGAGGAGGCGGAUAGGGUGAUGGGAAAGGGUGUGGAGGGGCUGGGAGAGAGGUGUGGUGGCACAGGUGGAGAUGAGGAGAGAAGUGGUGGCAAUGAUGGGGAGGAGGGCCGCGAGGAGAGGAAGGAGUUUGUGCUCUCGCUGUUAUCCGCGCCAUUACCCUCGUCGCCACCACCUCCCUCAUCUCUACCCCCGUCAUCAUUAUCCCGCGCAUCACCAUCCCCCUCAAAAGGCAAGGCAGCAGGAGGGGCGGCAGAAGCAUGUGGUGGGAGUGGGAGAGUGCAGGGACGGGCGGCGGCGAGGGCAGGCGUGGAUGCAGCAGGGUUCCAGUCAGGCCUGGCAGCAGGCAGGGCAGCAGGAGGGGCAGUGGGAGCAUGUGGUGGGGGUGGGAGAGUGCAGGGACGGGUGGCGGCAAGGGCGGACGUGGAUGCAGCAGGGUUCCAGUCAGGCCUGGCGCAGCAGCACCCUCUCAAGAUUCUCCUCGCCGAGGACAACCUGGUGAAUCAGAAGGUGGCGACCAAGAUGCUGGGGCGCAUGGGGUACACGUGCCACGUGGCAGUCAAUGGGGCAGAGGUGUUGCAGGCGCUGCAGAAAGACUCCUUUGACCUCAUCUUCAUGGACGUUCAGAUGCCUGUGAUGGAUGGAAUCGAGGCGACACAGCGAAUUACCCAGAUGUGGCCGCCGAGCCAGAGGCCCAAGAUAUUUGCCAUGACAGCCAAUGUGCUUGAGACAGACCGCGCCAUGUGCCUGCAGGCUGGCAUGGAUGGCUUCAUCUCCAAGCCUGUUAGUGUGCAUGAGCUGGUGCGCGCUGUCGAGUUCUCCAGCCUUGCCAAGAGGUGA